AUGACAGGGGCAAAGAGGAAAAAGAAAAGCAUGCUCUGGAGCAAGAUGCAUACCCCCCAUUGUGAAGACAUUAAACAGUGGUGCAGAAGGCGGCUACCUAUUCUGGAAUGGGCACCACAGUAUAAUCUGAAAGAAAACUUGCUUCCAGACACCGUGUCUGGGAUAAUGUUGGCAGUUCAACAGGUGACACAAGGGUUGGCCUUUGCUAUUCUCUCAUCUGUGCACCCAGUGUUUGGUUUAUAUGGGUCUCUGUUUCCUGCCAUCAUUUAUGCCAUAUUUGGAAUGGGACGUCAUGUUGCCACAGGCACCUUUGCCUUGACAUCCUUAAUAUCAGCCAAUGCUGUGGAACGGCUUGUCCCUCAGAGCAGCCAGAACCUCACCAUACAGACGAACACAAGUGUGCUGGGUUUAUCCGACUUUGAGAUGCAAAGGAUCAGCGUGGCUGCAGCAGUUUCCUUCCUGGGAGGCGUGAUUCAGGUGGCCAUGUUUGUGCUCCAGCUGGGCAGUGCCACAUUCCUGCUUACGGAGCCUGUGAUCAGCGCGAUGACAACUGGGGCUGCCACCCAUGUCGUGACUUCACAAGUCAAGUAUCUCUUGGGAAUGAAAGUGCCAUAUAUAUCUGGACCACUUGGAUUCUUUUAUAUUUAUGCAUAUGUCUUUGAAAACAUCAAGUCUGUCAGACUGGAAGCUCUGCUCUUAUCCUUGCUGAGCAUCGUGGUCCUUGUUCUUGUUAAAGAGCUGAAUGAACAGUUUAAAAGGAAAAUUAAAGUUGUUCUUCCUGUCGAUUUAGUUUUGAUUGUUGCUGCAUCAUUUGCUUGUUAUUGUACCAAUAUGGAAAAUGCAUAUGGAUUAGAAGUAGUUGGUCAUAUUCCAAAAGGAAUUCCUCCACCUAGAGCUCCCCCAAUGAACAUACUCUCUGCAGUAAUCACCGAAGCUUUUGGAGUGGCCCUUGUAGGCUAUGUGGCCUCACUGGCUCUUGCUCAAGGAUCUGCCAAAAAAUUCAAAUAUUCAGUUGAUGACAACCAGGAAUUUUUGGCCCAUGGCCUCAGCAAUGUGAUUCCUUCAUUUUUCUUCUGCAUACCAAGUGCUGCUGCCAUGGGAAGGACUGCUGGCCUCUACAGCACGGGAGCAAAGACACAGGUGGCUUGUCUAAUAUCUUGCAUUUUCAUCCUUGUAGUCAUCUAUGCAAUAGGACCUUUGCUCUACUGGCUGCCCAUGUGUGUUCUUGCAAGCAUUAUUGUUGUGGGACUGAAGGGAAUGCUAAUACAAUUCCGGGAUUUAAAAAAGUAUUGGAAUGUGGAUAAAAUUGAUUGGGGCAUAUGGGUUAGUACAUAUGUAUUUACAAUAUGCUUUGCUGCCAAUGUGGGGCUGCUGUUUGGUGUUGUCUGUACCAUAGCUAUAGUUAUAGGACGCUUCCCAAGAGCAAAGACUCUUAGUAUAAAAAACAUGAAAGAAAUGGAAUUUAAAGUGAAGACAGAAAUGGAUGGUGAAACCCUCCAGCAGAUUAAAAUCAUCUCAAUAAACAACCCACUUGUAUUCCUGAAUGCUAAGAAAUUUUAUACCGAUCUAAUGAACAUAAUCCAAAAGGAAAAUGCCAGCAACCAGCCAUUUGAUGAUAUCAGCAAGUGUGAACAAAACACCUUGCUCAGUUCUCUGUCCAAUGGCAACUGCAAUGAAGAAGCUUCACAGCCCUGCCCUAGUGAGAAGAGUUCGUUAAUCCUGGAUUGCAGUGGACUGACCUUUUUUGACUAUUCUGGAGUCUCCAUGCUUGCUGAGGUUUACAUGGACUGUAAGGAUGUGGAUGUAUUGUUAGCCCAUUGCACAGCUUCCUUGAUAAAAGCAAUGAAGUACUAUGGAAACCUAGAUUCAGAGAAACCAAUUUUUUUUGAAUCAGUAUCUGCUGCAAUAAGUAACAUCCAUUCAAAUAAGAAUUUGAGCAAACUCAGCGACCACAGUGAAGUCUGA